AUGAAAGCGUUGAAAUCAUUUGUGAAAGACUUGGAUUCCAAAGCAAUACCUCUGUUUCUUGCUCAUGUUUCUGAAACUAAAGAAAAUGGGACAUCGUCUGGCGAGUAUACAAUUUCACUGUACGAAGUUCUUGCUCGUGUCCAUGGACCCAAUAUAGUCCCUCAAAUAGAUAACAUCAUGACUACUAUUAUCAAGACAUUGUCAUCAAGUGCAGGAUCCUUUGCUCUUCACCAAGCUUGCUCAAAGGUUGUUCCAGCCAUUGCAAGGUAUGCAAUGGACCCAACAACAGCAGAGGACAAGAAGAGAUACAUCAUCCACUCUCUGUGUAAACCCCUAUCGAAUUGUCUUUUGGGUAGCCAAGAGAAUCUAUCUUCUGGAGCUGCUCUUUGCUUACAGGCACUUGUGGAAUCUGAUAAUUGGCGAUUUGCUUCAAAUGAGAUGGUGAAUGAGGUCUGUCAGAGAGUUGCGGGGGCUUUGGAAAAACAUACACAGGCCAAUUCACAUAUGGCCUUAGCGACAGCUUUGGCCAAACACAAUAGCUUGACUGUCGAAGCUUAUUCAAGACUGUUGAUAAUGUCAGGAUUGCAAAUCCUGAAUUCUGGUUUUGUAGAGGGAAACUCUCAAAAACAGUUCUCAGCCAUUCAUAUGGUGAGUUCUCUGAUGAGAUGUCUGGACCCCAAGAGUAUAUUCUCUGAAUUGGAUUUGAUAAUUAAGGAGAUGGAGAAGUGCCAGUCUGAUCGAAUGCCCUUUGUAACUGGGGCUGCUUUUGAAGCACUGCAAACAGCAAAAAGACUAUGGGUUGAGAAAGGCUCGAAGCUUGAGAAGGAUGUGGGAUCAAUCACUGGUUCAAAUUUUGAAAAAAGAGAGAACAUCAGGAGGAGGAAUGUGGCCGGUUCCGGAGGACAAUCGCCUCUCACUGCAUCACCUGAAUCACAAACUGUUGAUUCUGCUUUUGAAUAUGAUUAUUUUAUGGAAUCGCCCAUUUCAAUGAAUCAAGACCCUCAACUCGGGUCUCAUGAUCAUAGGAGUGUGAACCGUAAACUUUGGCAAAGGCAUGAGAAUGGUGGCUUAGAUGUAUCUCUUAAAGAUGGAAUAUUUUCAGAGAUAAUUCCAAGACGUGCCAUUAUAAACUCUGAGCAUGGUGAAUUUUCAGAUAACCAUGGAGAUUAUUCUGAUAUUUUUGCAGGGUUCGUGCCAGAAAGUGUGGAGAAUGGAUUUAUUAGAAGCUCCGCUCCCAGUCCUCAGAGAUCACGGUCUCACAUCAAUAUUGAUAGUGUGAAGAUCUUUUCCACUCCAAGAAAGCUCAUUCGUUCACUUCAGGAUCCAAAUGGCAUGACCUCAGACUUCUCUGAGAAACAAACCAGAAGGUUUGGAAGUCCAUUCUCGAGUAAAUUUGAGUGGACUCCUACAUCAAAGCAUGUACAAGAUGGCCAUGCUCAUGGCAUGAACUGUUACAUCGAAAAGGGCAAAAAUUUCUCUCCCGAUGGGGAACAGUUUCAUGGUAAAUCAGAAUCGGUAUCUUCAACAGAAGAUGUGCUUCUUGAUGCGGAUUCACAAAUGUCCCAAGAGGUAGUUUGUGGAAAUCAAACUGGAUAUCAGAGUGCCAACAUUCUAAAAGGUCAAAGAAAAUCUGGUGGCGGCAUCGUGGGAUGUCUUCUUUUAGUUCUAUUUGCAGUAUUUUUAUUUUUGUUGGUGUUUAAUAAUCAGGACAAUAGCUCUGUUCUUGUUCCCACCUAA